AAACAAUCAACCUCGAGUUCAUGAGAUAAAACGAUUAUUGAACGUGUAAGACUGUCACGUAAAUCUUUAUAGUUGGCUCUGAGAUUGAGAACUUACAUAACACGACGAGAACGAAUAUGUGCGUGGUGCAUGACAUUCGUCUGCUUCCGAACUGCUCGGGGUUUCUGUGAACUGAUAUCAUUGAAAAUGGGAACAUUGUUGUCCAGCAUGAAGCCUACGAUGAGUAUUCUUGCAAGAAGUGCUGUCUUGGACUUCGGCAUCCAGUGGGGACUCUUUGCUAUUGCAGCUGCUCUCAAAACCGAGAAGUUUUAUGAUUUAGCAGGGAGCAGCACUUUUCUUCUUCUGACCUACCAAACCUUGAAAUGGGGAGGAACAUUUCACUUCCGUCAGGUGGUUCAGAGUGGAAUGGUUGGAGUCUGGGCCCUCAGACUCGGCAUGUAUCUGUUCAGCCGUGUAUUGAAUGAGGGAGAAGAUCGCCGCUUCCGACAGGCAAAGAAUAAUCUUGGUCUCUUCUUCUUUUUCUGGACAAUGCAAGCUGUGUGGGUGUGGCUGACACUGCUCCCAACUCAGAUCCUGAAUGCUCAGACGAACGACAGGCCCCUGACCAAGAGGGACUACGUUGGAUGGGGAAUGUUUGUUGUAGGGCUCCUCCUUGAGAUUGUAGCAGACUACCAGAAAGCAGUUUUCAGAGCCGACCCAGACAAUACGGGUAAGUUCAUCAACACUGGCCUAUGGAGUAUAAGUCGUCACCCCAACUACCUUGGAGAGAUUAUCCUGUGGGCGGGACUUUACAUUUCCGCUUCCUCGGUCAUGACAGGGAAACAGUACCUCAGCGUCAUCUCCCCGAUCUUUGUCUACUUGCUGCUGACCCGGGUGAGUGGCAUCCCCCUUCUGGAGAGGUACGGGUUGAAGAAAUGGGGCAACUCCAACUUGUACCAGGAGUAUCUGAAAAAGACACCUGUGCUCUGGCCCAAAUUCUGGUGAUCACAUUUUGAGUGGCAACAGUUGAUUUUUAUCAGGAAACCACAAGAAGGUGAUUACCAAAGAAGUACCGUAGGGCUGUGCUGAAUAUCCGAAUAUUUGAUCGAUUAUCAAAUAUUUGAAUGGUAUUUUCUGAAUGUGAAUAUUUGA